AUAAAAGCCAGUAGCUAAGGUCGGGUCGACCGAAGUUCGAUCAGACAUAAAUUCAUUCCAUCCACAUUAACAUCCAAUUAUAAUAAAUUGAGAUAUCUAUGACAGAAAAGAGAACUACAGCAAAAGGCAAUAUGAAGUUCACCGCUACCACCCUUCUUGCUCUAGCCAUGGCUACUACCGUGAUCUCCUCGCCUACAAAGACCCGGAACGUCGUCGAGGAUUUAUCGAACCUGAAGCGCGACCCCAGCGGCCAGGGCUUCACGUACAUCGGUUCCGACAAUGUCGCCAGAUCUUUCGACUCCCGCUUUAACGUCCUUGAUGCUGCGCCCCUCGACUCCCGCUCCACUGGCAGCUUUGCUCGAUCGCCCGAUGCCGCAUUCCUAGAGGAAGCCAAGGCAGCUAAGGCUCGAGCUCUGGAGCACACGUCUAAGCCACGCAAAGAGCGCAAUGUCAUUGUUGAGGGCAGACAGAACAGCUGUGUCUCGGAAAACUGCCCGAACGAUCAGUACUGCAUUGACCAGGCUGUCAAUGGGUAUAAUUGCUCGUGGUGCCUUAUUAUAUCAAAUGGGAUUGGGAAUUGCCAGACUUAGGCCUAGGAAGGGACAAGAUAGGAGAUGGGAGAUGGAGGGAGGUUGCUGGCAUACGGUACAGAAAUACAAAAGUCAGUUGUUUUGCAUUGCCUUGAAGCCUUGGCCAGGCUCUCCAUAGAUUAUAUUUCAGAAUGUCACGCGUUCACUCUCUUUGAA